UCGGGAGAAUUGCAGUGGCACGAUAACGGAGACGACUUGCACGUAAGCGGAUGCUGAAGGGCGCAACUCGUCAAUGUGCUCGUCAAUCGACAUCCACCACCGCCAACCCUAGUGCGGGCUAGGGUGCGAUGACUGUUCAGUCCAGUCCAGUACCAGAGAUGCUCAGGUCAGGGUACGGAGGCAGGAUCACGUAUAUUGAUGCCAACCGGCCAGCCUACUUCAACCUUACCUACCUACCCAUCCUUCACGCCUUUUCUUUGAUUCUUCCCCCCCCCAUCUACAGUUUUAUCAUCACAAUCCACUGUCGUCUCACUCGACCUGCCCAGUUCGUGGGUGUCGGGUUCGCCUCAGAUUGUGUUUCCCGCCUCCCGUCUCAGCGCCCUCUGAAUGACCACCAUCCACGAAGAGGCAAUGGACGAGUUCUUCAAUUUCGACGCUGCGGCCCAUCCAUUGGCCCAGCAUGAUUUUGAUUUUGCCAAUUUAGAAUCUGGCCCCUAUGAUAUCGACCUGGCUUUUAACGAGCCCGAGAAUGAUGAAGACUCGUUUACCGCCCUUCAACACUUCUCCGCCCCCGAGCAACAGCACUUUGACCUCCAGCAUCCGGUGACAGAUACUACCAUGAUGAGUCCAGCCGACUUUACGGACUUCCAAAGGUGGAUUGAGGGAAUGAAUGUACCCACUAAGCCGUGUGCCUAUUGUUCUCGGAUGCGGAUUCACUGCAAGGUCAUCAAGGAAGGUGUGCGGAAGGGUUCAUGUACAAGCUGUGUCGCCUUAGCUCGGACCUGUAGCUUGACAGUUCCAGGUCCUCAACUUAACAAUGACGACCAAGACUUGGACCUUGGGAUGGAUGUUGCAGAGUAUGAUGGACCGGAUCAAUGGUCUGAGUCACAACUCCCCCAAGACUACUUGGACUGGAACAUGGAAGAUACCAUCCUUCCUUCGGACGCCCCAUUGGCGUCACCCCGCAGACCAGACUCUUUCCAUGGGAGUAGUAGGUCUAGCUCCAAGCAUGUGUCUCUCAGGUCUUCGGACGAGAACAUCAAUGCGAGUCUUGAGAACAAUCCAAAGGUUGGCGCAAGAUUCUCACGGGAAGCCAUCAAAGUUCUCCGGAACUGGUUGUCGACUCAUCAUAGUCAUCCCUAUCCCACAGAUGAGGAGAAAGAGAGUCUCAGGCGACAGACGGGUCUCAAUAAGACUCAGAUCACCAACUGGCUCGCCAAUGCCCGUCGAAGAGGCAAGGUUCGCCCACCACGAUCUGUGUCACCUAACGUCAGCAACUAUGUCCAUGGGAUGGACAUCCCAAGACGAGCCACCCCAGCAUUUGAGAAUAUGAAUCCCCUUGAAAGAUGGAAGAACUCCCCUCCAGAAAACGAACCUGCUGCCAUCACUGCUAUUGCCAAGGCCGUCACUUCUUCGACGUACUCUUCAGGUCUUGACAGCCCAUUCAGCUAUGGCCACAGCCAAACCGAUGACGGAUCAAGUCGCUCUCUCUGCAAUGUUUCCUCAACGAGCAGUUUGGGCACCUCUGGUUCCAGUGGCAACUCCUUUGCUUCUGCUUUCUCUCACAAAUCUCGAGGUUCUUUCGGAUCUUUUGGUUCCUUCGGCCAGAGAGGACGAAGGCGUCGUCGUCGACCAGCACCGAAACCUGUAAAGGUCAACCCCAUGAUAGCUCCUGCUCGCACUUAUCAAUGCACUUUCUGUACCGAAACCUUCAAGACAAAGCACGACUGGCAAAGGCAUGAGAAGUCGUUGCACUUGUCUCUAGAGCGUUGGGUUUGUUGUCCUGCCGGCGUCACUCAAUACUGCGCGGAUUAUGGGCACAAUAGAUGUGUGUUCUGCGGGUUGCCCAACCCGCCGGAAGACCACGGAGAAGUUCACAAUUACUCUAGUUGCGCAGAACGAUCUUUGGAAGAGAGGACAUUCUAUCGAAAAGAUCAUCUGCGUCAACAUCUGAAUCUGGUCCACGAUGUGAAGUUCCAAAGCUUCUCUAUGGAGAGUUGGAAAGUGGUGACUCCUGAAAUUCGUUCCCGCUGCGGUUUCUGUGGAAUUGUUCUAGAUACUUGGAGCAUCAGAGUGGAUCAUCUUGCAGAACAUUUUAAAGGUGGUAAUUCUAUGGCUGAUUGGAAGGGUGAUUGGGGUUUCGAACCAGAAAUCUUGGACAUUGUCGAGAAUGGAAUGCCGCCGUAUCUCAUUCACGACGAACGAAAUUCCAUGAAUCCAUACGAAGCCUCAAAGGAAUUUGCAGGAGAUGAGAAGACACUCGAGGAUGUGGUGAAGAUUGGACUGGUGGAGUAUCUUCACGACGUUCUCUUGAAAGGUGGAGUACCAACAGACGCCGAUCUGCUUCGAGAGGCCCGCGAGAUUGUACGCAAGGCGGACCAGUUCACCGUCGGACCCACUCUACCGCAAGUGUCUUGGUUCCGCGACCUACUCAUGCUUCAUGGCUGUGACAAUGACACGUCUUGUGACGGGCCAGAAAACAAUCUCUUGUCAUGGGGCGAGAGGCUCAGUAGAACCACCCAAUUGGCACCUCACGAUACCACCAAUUUGCACACCAUUGCCUGCCCCAAAGAACGAGCGUUGAUGACUUGGGUCAAGUCUAAGGUGAUGCUUGGCCUAACACCGACUGAUCGCGAGCUUCAAGUGGAAGCUACCAAGAUUUUAGACGACAUCGAGAAUACAUCGAACUUCAAGGCUAAAGGUGCUGUGGGUUGGUUCAAGUACCUCGUCAGAUCAGAUACUAUUUGGCUUCGAGAUUUUAGAAGACGAGCGGGCCUCCCACGAAGCUCAGAAAUGGCAAUGGAGCAUAUCCGAUCCAAAGACGAUAAAAGUAUUGACUAUAGCAUACUGAACUUCGCUCGUCUGGAAAACGAGUUGAAGGAUUGGUGUCGUUUCCAGCUAGCCCUUGGAACUACGCCAAGUGACAGCGAUAUACAAAGACAGGCUCGAUUGAUUGUGUACAAGAAUGAUGAUCCAUGGAACCAGACUUCAGCCGAUGAUCCAGCAAUUUUACACCUGUUUAAAAGACAGAAUGGUUUAGCCCCAAAAGACGAGAACGGCGCGGAUACCAUGGAUCUACCUACAUUGGCCGAGUCAAGCGAUAUGCCAAUGAACGCCCCUUCACCAAGGACCUUGCAUUGGGACUUGGAGCAUACUGGAAUUGGUAUUGCAUCUCCUAAUAGUGGUCCCAGCAGUGCCAUUGGUGGGACUUUCCCUCCAGCCCUCACAGUUGACAAACCACUUCACACCCUCAUUCAGAACCAACCUUCAACAAAUACAAAUCCCGUCCAACCCCUGAAGUACUUUCUCAACGAUGCAAAUUGUUAUGGACGACUCGUUCGAGAGUUGUCUCGUUUUGUUACUUCCUGCAUGUCUCCCAAUAAUCCUAUGCAGCAUGUUCCAACAGAUGCCGAGAUCCAGAAUCAAGCGAGAUGGAUCAUAUACGAUGAUGAUGAUCCAUGGAACCAGACUGCUGCAGAUAACGCCGAAUGGUUGAUACGAUUCAAACGAGAUUCCGGCCUUGCUUCUCCACAAGAUGGUCCUGGUCUACCUCUCAAUAUUGGAUCAUGGCGUGAGGCGGAAGGAGGAAGUGGUUUCUCGCCACCAUAUCUAUGUCCACAAAAUGAGCCAGCAGCACCAUACGUGGAAGAUGUUCCUGUCACGAUGAAACACAAGACCUACAACAUAAAGGCUUCCACGGCUCAGAAGUAUGUGAAGAGUGUUGGCCAGCGAUACAAGAAACCUCCUACAAUUUUCUGUUCGAGGGAAAUGGAAAGCCAGUUGACCGAUUAUGCCAGAGCUGAGAUGUCUCGAGGAGUCACUCCUAGCGACGAAGCGCUUCGAGCCAAAGCGAGAGAAAUCCUCAGGGUUGACAGAACGGGAGCUGAUGAGCCUGUUUUACUUCAGAAGUUCAAGGUCAUGGUUGGCAUUUCAAGAAACGCUUCUCCCCUUGCAAGCUCACUGCCUCCAAUCGAUGAUGCAUUGUUGGCAGAGUUCGACGAUGAAAUUGGCAACAUGGAUUUAAGCGGUAUCGAGAUGCCUGGUUCCGUUAGUCCUAUCCUCGAUUCAAUUCCAGCUGAAGUCGCUGCUCGCGGCCCUGCCACAUCUCCAAUGUCAACUUCUUCACAAGGACAACAUUCACCCACCAAACAUUCUCCUAGCAAGGGUCCCGGCCUAGCACAGGAUUAUGCGGAACUCUACCGUGUUUCGGCCGCCACGGCAAGUCCACUUCGAAGACACGCAAGCGCCAAAAUGGCUUCUCAAGCAGGAUAUUCAUUCUCUCCGCAACCUCAGAACAGAAGUCCAUUAGGUAUUUCUCCUCCUACCACAACCUCCGCGCUCUCUUUCCCCGAAGAUGAGAAUUCCCUCUGAUGUUUGAAUCCUUCAAGCGUCCAUGCAAUCCUAUUCUGACGAAGGGGAACGAGAGUUCUGCGACGAGGAACUAGUCAAGCAAUUCGAGGAUAAAUAGAGGGCCAAGGGAGUGCUGAGUGAAAGUGAGAUUGGGAGGGAGAGCAGUAGCAUGAUUGCAAGGUUC